UUGCAUAAUAACGGUGCUCUCAUUCCCUGUAAACGUCGCAAACUGCUAUAAAAGCCGCUCUCCCGCGAUCUCCUUACCUCGUCCCGGCCCCUCCUCUCAUCUCUUCAAUUCAACUGUGUUCUCUCUCUCCCGCCCCUCGAUCCAAGGCGAGCGCCAUUUUCUCCCUCCAAAACCACUCUCCCCAUCCCUUCUCUUUGCAAGCUCUAUACGCGUCGCCAUUGUCGCUCUCCAAAGCCACAACCAUGUCCUCCUCAUCCUCCUCCUUCGACUUCGGCUCCGACUCUACCUUUCUCCCGCUCCUGAUCUCCCCAACAAGCUCACUCACCUCACUCUUCGCUCUCCUCGUUGUGACGCUGUCCUUCCUCUGGUUCUACCCCGGUGGCGUCGCAUGGGCCUUCUCCAAGGUCCGCGUCUCCGUUCCCGGUCCACCCGGCAUCGUCUUCGCCCUCUCCGGCACCGCCGCCCACCGCGUCCUCGCGAAGCUCUCCUCGUCUCUCCAAGCCACGAAGCUCAUGGCUUUCUCCGUCGGGAUCACUCGCUUCGUCGUCUCCACCCACCCCGACACGGCGAAGGAGAUCCUUAACAGCUCCGCCUUCGCCGACCGCCCCAUCAAGGAGUCCGCGUACGAGCUCCUCUUCCACCGCGCCAUUGGCUUCGCUCCUUUCGGUGAGUACUGGAGGAAUCUCAGGAGAAUCUCUGCUACUUAUUUGUUUAGUCCGCGGAGGAUCGCGGCUUCUGUGGAGCAGCGCGUCGAGAUAGGGAAGCAGAUGGUGGAGGAAGUAAAGGGCCAAAUGGCAAAGAGUGGAGUGGUGAGUGUGAAGAGGGUGUUGCAUUAUGGCUCGCUGAACAACGUCAUGAUGAGCGUUUUCGGUAAAAGCUACGAUUUUGCCAAGGGAGAGGGGGCGGAGGUGGAGGAGAUGGUGAGCGAAGGGUAUGAGUUGCUUGGGACGUUCAACUGGAGCGACCACGUUCCCUUUCUGGGUUGGUUGGAUCUCCAAGGUCUGAGGAAGAGGUGUCGGCGGCUAGCCGCCGAAGUGAACGUGUUUGUUGCAAGGAUCAUAGAGGAGCACAGGGUGAGGGAAAAAGCUAGUGUCACUGUUGGCGAGGAACUAGUUGUUGGGGACUUUGUGGAUGUGUUACUCCACUUGGAGCAAGGUGAGAAGCUCUCGGACUCCGACAUGAUCGCUGUGCUUUGGGUACGUACGACGUUCAUUUCCUUACAUCUAAUGCAUGAAUAGCAUAUCAUUUGUUUUAUCGUUACAGUAGUAGUUUAAUUACUUGGCGCGUGUAUAUAUAUAUAUAUAUAUGCUAGAUAUUUUACUCCUUGUGCUACCAAACAUAUAUCUCUUUGGGCUGAUGCAUGGAUUCGUAACUUACUGUUCGAACAAUACUAGACCAUCAUGUUGAUGGACGUUAAUAGCUUCUUUUUUUUUUUUCUGUACAAUUCCAUUAACUUGUUUGCCAAUUGAGCUAGAGCACUUUU